UACACAGGAAGCGGGGAGGUAGCGGUAGGGGCGCCCGCUGCUGAUUCGGCCGAGGGAUUAGGAGGCGGUUUUUUAGCCCAUGGCAUCCUGAAAAUAAGAGGCGUCAAAGAGUCGACCCAGAUCUGUCAGCACAGGAAGGAAAACCAAACUGAUACAAUAUUGUGUGUGGGGAAGGAAACGUGGGGAGAAUGGAUAAGCAACCCAGCGCUGGCUCCGGCUCUGGCUCCGGCUCCGAUAGUCCGGCUCAGCCCCCAGUACCACCCGGCAGAAAGCCUCGGACACUGGGAGUAAACACUGGAUCAAGGCAGGCGAGUGUGGAAACACUUGACAGUCCCACGGGCUCUCACGUGGAAUGGUGCAAGCAACUGAUAGCUGCUACACUGAACAGCCAGAUCCCGCCGGGAGGCGGCCCGCCCGAGGUUCCUUCGCGUGAUUUGAAGGUUGGAAGAAGAACCGAUCUCAGGGUAACCAAGAGGCCCAAUCUCAGGGACUGUGAUGGCGGUCAGGGCUCUCAGUACGACAGCGACUCUGAGCUGCACUCACACAAAAGUAACACAUUUAGAGACGUCACACGACCUACUCCCAUGGACGAGGUCCCCCUGGUCCCCGGAGAGACCAUCAAGGCCACCGCACAUGAUGUGAUGUACAUCUGUCCCUUCAAUGGAGCCAUGAAUGGGACGCUCACAGUCACCGACUACAAGCUGUACUUUGUGAGCUUGGAGCGGGAUCCCUAUUUCCAGCUAGAUGUGAACUUGGGGGCCAUCAGUCGCCUGGAGACCAUCAGCGUCCAGAGCAACGGGGAGAACACAAGCGGCAUGGAGAUCGUAUGCAAGGAUAUGCGCAGCCCUCGCUUCGCCUACAAGAAAGAGGACCAAAGCAACGUAGAGGUGAUGGACAUGCUGACCAAGCACGCCUUCCCCCUCUCCCACGGAUUGUCCCUUUUCGCCUUCCAGUACAAGGAGGAGUUUCCGUUGGAUGGGUGGAAGGUGUACGAUCCCGUGGCAGAGUACAAGAGACAGGGUCUCCCCAAUGAGAGCUGGACCAUCAGCAAGCUGAACAGCAACUACGAGGUGUGUGACACCUACCCUGCUCUGCUGGUCAUCCCCAACAACAUCGACGAGGACGACAUCCGGCGCGUGGCCUCCUUCAGGUCCAAGCACCGCAUACCGGUGUUGUCGUGGAUCCACCCAGAGACGCAGGCCACCAUCGUGCGCUGUAGCCAGCCCCUGGUGGGCCCCUCGGACCGCCGCUGCAAGGAGGACGAGCGCUACCUGCAGACCAUCAUGGACGCCAACGCACAGUCGCACAAGCUCACCAUCUUCGACGCCCGCCAGAGCAGCGUGGCCGACACCAAUAAGGCUAAAGAUGGAGGCUACGAGAGUGAGAGCUUCUACCACCACGUGGAGCUAAACUUCCUGGAGAUCCCCAACAUCCACGUGAUGCGCGAGUCCCUGCGGAAGCUGAAGGAGGUGGUCUACCCCACCAUCGACGACCACCACUGGCUGUCGGCCAUCGACGCCACACACUGGCUAGAGUACAUCAGGCUGUUGUUGGCGGGCGCGGUGCGCAUAGCGGACAAGCUGGAGUCGGGCAAGUCGUCGGUGGUGGUGCACUGCAGUGACGGCUGGGACCGCACGGCGCAGCUGACCUCGCUGGCCAUGCUGAUGCUGGACAGCCACUACCGCACCCUCAGGGGCUUCCAGGUGCUGCUGGAGAAGGAGUGGAUCAGCUUCGGACACAAGUUCGCAUCGCGUGUGGGCCAUGGAGAUGAGAACCAUGCUAACUCGGAGCGCUCGCCUCUCUUCGUGCAGUUCAUCGACUGUGUCUGGCAGAUCAUGAGACAGUUCCCUGCUGCUUUUGAGUUCAAUGAGCUGUUCUUGAUUGCCAUCCUGGACCAUCUCUACAGCUGCCUCUUCGGGACGUUCCUCUACAGCAGCGAGAAGGAACGAGUGGAGCAGGAGGUGCAGAGUAAGACGGUGUCUCUGUGGUCCUACAUCAACAGCCAGGCGGAGGACUUCACCAACCCGCUGUAUGUGGACUACCAGCACCACGUGCUCUACCCACUGGCCAGCACCAGGCACCUGGAGCUCUGGGUCAGCUACUACGUACGCUGGAACCCACGCAUGAGGCCGCAGGUGCCAGUCCACCAGAGUCUGAAGGAGCUGUUGUUUCUGCGUGCGGAGCUGCAGAGGAAAGUGGAGGAGCUCCAGAGAGAGGUCUCCUCCUCCCACUCCCUCUCCUCCUCCCCGGAGCACAACUCCUCCUCCCCCUCGCACGGGGGAACGCCCCUGCACACCACCGCCUGAUGCGCAGGGGCACACACACACACACACACACACGCACACACACACACACACACACACACACACACACACACACACACACACACACACACAAACCCCAACAAGAACACUCCUCCUCCCCCACGCACAGGGGAACGCCA